UCUCAGAGCUGCAGCCGCCAUAUAAGGUAGCAAUUCUUAUAGAGGGAUCCAAAAGACUUUCCACUCAGGCGAUUUCAUCCUUUAGAAUGGCUUUAAUGUACCGAACCACGAUGCAGUUAGCUGGAAUUUUGUUUUCUUUGUUGGGAUGGGUGUUAUCCUGCCUCACCACCUAUCUACCUCAGUGGAAAAAUCUCAACUUAGAAUUGAAUGAAUUGGAGAUCUGGACAAUGGGACUCUGGCAAGCUUGUGUAUUCCAAGAAGAAGGUGGAAUGCAGUGCAAGGAAUUUGAUUCUUUUCUGGCUUUACCCUUUGAGCUCAAAAUUUCUAGGAUUCUGAUGUUCACAUCCAAUGGAUUAGGACUUUCUGGCCUUUUACUCUCAGGUCUUGGACUGGACUGCCUGAAGAUUGGGGAACAACAACAGGAUCUAAAGAAGAAGCUACUGCUUAUGGGAGGAAUAUUCUUCUGGAUAUCAGGCAUUACAGCCAUAGUCCCAGUGUCUUGGGUUGCUCACACCACUGUGCAGGAGUUUUGGGAUGAAAGUAUUCCAGACAUCGUGCCCAGGUGGGACUUUGGGGAAGCUCUCUUUGUAGGAUGGUUUGCAGGAUUUUGUCUCAUCUUAGGAGGCGCACUCUUAAAUUGUACAGUUUGUUCCACUGAUACUCAAUCAUCCUUGGUCCAUUAUACAGUGGCAGAAGUGCAAGAUACUUGUCAAUACUUGGAAAGUGACAACAGACCCAAAAGCCUAAGCAUCUAAGAGAGAUAGAAGGGCUUCUUUUUCUUCUGAGACACUUAAAAACACCAGCCAGAAUCUUGUUCCAAUUAAGAUUCAAAGGACUCUUUGUUCCCUAGCUGAUUCAUUCCACAU